AUGGCUUCCAUCUCCGGCAAGUCCCCGCGUUUCAAGAUCAUACUCGGAUCGUCGUCGCCGGCGCGUCGCGAGAUCUUGGCCGACAUGGGAUACGAGUUUACCGUCAUGAGCGCAGACAUCGACGAGAGGGCCAUCCGGAGGGAGGAACCAGAGCAGCUGGUCAAGGCCUUGGCUGAAGCCAAGGCUGAGGCCAUCAAGCUGAAGCUUCAGGGCGACUCUGCCCCAGACAGUGACCAGCCUGCCCUUCUGAUCACCUCAGACCAGGUUAUGGUGAGCAAAGGGAUUGUAAGGGAACGGCCACGGAGUGCAGAAGAAGCCAGGGAAUUUAUCAAGGGAUAUUCGGACGAUCGAGCAUUUGCAGUUAACUUUGUUCUUGUCACCAACCUGAGCACCGGGGCUACAAAAGGAGGAUGGGACAUUCCUGAGAUCAAGUUUCGGCACUUACCGGACGAGUUCAUCGAUAGAGUGGUUAAUCAGGGCGACAUGACCUGCGUGGCCGGCGGGCUUAAGCUGACACAUCCCUCAGUACAGCCAUUCAUCAAAGAAUUGGUCGGCACGGUGGAUAGCGUUCGAGGUCUUCCACGGGAGCUCACCGAGAAGCUUAUUCGAGAAUCGCUGCAAGAAGAGUGA